AUGGCAUCAGAGCGGCGAUCGUACGCCGCUGCUAUCUCCGGCGUAGGCGAGGCUUCUCCGUCGGCGAAUGCCACUACUCCGAUCAAUGGAUCACAAAUCCCUGCUGCUCCAGGAGCAAUUUUGCAGGAGAAUCAACGCGGUCGUCCACAGAGGAACCUCAGCAUCGAAGAUCAGGAUAAUCCGCUCCUUCUUACUGUCAACGACAGUCCUUCGAUCGUCCUUGUGAAUCCGCCGCUUUCAGGGAGUUCCAACUACAAUAGUUGGUGUAUCUCUAUGCGUAUUGCGCUAGAGGUUAAGAACAAGUGGGGAUUAAUCAACGGUGAUGUUGAGCCCCUAUCCAGAGAUCAUCCGCAAUACUCUGCUUGGCGCCGAUGCAAUCUCCUUGUUUGCUCAUGGCUGUUCAAAUCUGUACAUCCUCAGAUUGCUCAAAGCAUAAUGCACCUUGAAAACGGGAAGGACAUUUGGGAGGAUCUUAGAAGAAGGUUUUCCCAGCGUGAUGCUCAACGCAUUUCUAUUUUGCAGAAUGAUAUCUAUAAUAUGAAGCAAGGAUCUCUAAGCGUGAACGAUUACUACACUAAGAGUCGAACAUUGUGGGAGGAAAUGAACAACCUGAGGCCUAUUCCUGUUUGCAAGUGCACUUGUAAUCUCGUCGAUGAAAUUCGGAAGGAGAGAGAAGUCGAUCAGGUAAUCCGAUUCUUACAGGGAUUGAAUGACGACUACAGCACUUUGAAAUCUCAUGUCCUUGUCCUUGAUCCUCUACCUGAGGUCUACAAGGUCUUUGUUAUGGCCGAGAAGUUAGAAAGGCAGAUCAACUUGACUAACUUGAACCUGGAAAGUCUGGACAGCAUUCACUCUAAUGCGGUGCAUGACAACCAAGGUUCUAUCAAUGGAGAUCAUGUAGGAGCAGUUCUGAAUAACUUCAAUGGAAAGAGAAACAAUGCCUCUAAACCUAAGUGCACCUUUUGUGGAAUGCUAGGGCAUACUGUUGACAAGUGUUAUAAAAAACACGGAUAUCCACCGGGAUGGAUCCCGGGAUACAAAUCCAAAGGAAAGCAGGUUGCGGCUAUGAAUACUAAUGGUACAGAUUUGGGAGUCACAGCUGAACAAAUGCAAAAGAUAAUGGCCUUUAUCGAGUCUCAAUCCCAAUCUGCUCCUAAGGUUAACACCAGUGCAGCAGUUGCACUUGUGCCUAAAUUUGAUGAGAUGAAGUCUACUGAUGAAGGCAAGUAUAUCACUUCUCCCUAUGUUAAUUCUGUUGCCUUAUGCUCAGCUUCUUGGAUAAUUGAUUCAGGAGCUACAAAUCAUAUUGUGUGCUCUUCUGAUUUUCUCACAAACUGUCACAAAGUUGAUAAUGUUGCAGUCAAUCUACCCACUGGUCAGAGAGUUAGUGUUGAACACAUAGGAGAUAUUGAACUUGACAAUGGUUUAUGGUUGAGAGAAGCUUUACAUAUUCCCUUGUUCAAAUUCAAUAUUAUCUCCGUAAGUAAACUGCUUAAGGACACCACAUAUACUCUAACUUUUGUUGAUGGACAAUGUCUGAUUCAGGGGAUUGGAGUGAUGGCUGGUUUAGCUAAAGAAGAAGGAGGGUUAUACCUGCUGAAGAAGCCCCCAAAGAAGUCUGGAAAGGGAUACUCAGUAUAUUGUAGAGCUAUGGCAUCAAAGAUUAGGGCAUUUCCCUAUUAG